AUGCUUAAUACGCGAGGACCGAAACAGCGCAGGCGUUUACUCUUAGCGAACGUGGUUAAAAGCCAAAUACUGUAUGCGGCCCCAAUUUGGUCAAACGCCGCACAGUGUCCAUCAUACUUCCGCGGAGUCAACUCAACAUACCGUUUAUGCGCGCUCCGAGUUCGCAGCGCCUUCAGAACAGUGUCGGACGAAGCAGCUUUCGUAAUCGGCAGUAUGAUACCCGUAGAUAUACUAGCAAGAGAAUCGACGGUCCUUGCAUCCACGCGGCGUACUCUAACUCAACUAGACCGACAUCAAGCCCGGCAAAGCAGCGUUACGGAGUGGCAAAACAGGUGGAAUAGUACGACUAAAGGUCGUUGGACCUAUCGCUGCAUACCAAACCUGGUAUCCUGGCUUAAUAGAACGCAUGGCGAAGUAGAUUUUUAUCUGAGCCAGUUCUUGAGUGGUCAUGGCUGUUUUAAGGCAUACCUGUUUAAAUUCAAACAUGAGCACGACCCCUACUGCGACUUCUGUCUAAGUGGCGUGGAAGAAGAUGUCCACCACGUAUUCUUUGAGUGCCCUCGUUUCCAUCGGCAGAUGAACCAACUUAAACUUGCCGUUGGAGGGGUGUUUACGCCACAGUCAGUAGUCGACUAUAUGGUGAAAGGAACCAGCGAAUGGGCAUCCACCAGCGAUACACUAACUUCGAUUUUGAAGGAACUGAGGGACCUAGAGAGACAGCGGCGUAUCAGCCGUGCUUAA